CAUACUGUGGCAGUCUUUAAGAAAAAAUAGAAAAAAAGAAAAAAAAAGUUAUAAACGCAAACGAUGACUUAAACAUUAAUAUAUUACUAUUACAUAUUAACUGAAGUUCAUCCUUAUAUGAACACACACAAGACAACGCGAUGCGAAAGUUAACCAAAUAAAAAACGACAUUAUAGACGACUAACCAGGAUCGUUCGAACUAACACUAACCCUAACAAAAUCACAAAGUAGUUCGCCACUCUGCUGUUCUUCAAAUGUCUACAUUGAAUAGCACAUUCUCUCUGUUCGGGUGAAUAUUUAAAACUACAAUACCCACAAUGCACCAGAAGCCACAACAAACAUUCCAUACUGAAUAAGCCGGGGAUUCUGAAAUUAUCACUGCGAUAUGAGGUUUUGUUUCCUGUAGCCAGCAAUGGCACCAGGGGACGUGGUGCCAGACCAUGCCAAGCAACUGAAGUCCAAGGAGAAGCGGCCUGGAAGCAGGUCUCUGAAGGCCGACUGCGACCCUGACGGCUCCUUUGUCUUUGAGGCCAAUGAGGCGUGGAAGGACUUCCAUAACUCCCUCAGACACUUCUACGAAGUAGGAGAACUUUGUGACGUCACACUCAAGGUUGGCAGUAAGCUAAUACCAUGCCACAAGCUGGUGCUGGCUUGUGUCAUCCCUUACUUCAGGGCCAUGUUUCUGUCAGAGAUGUCAGAGGCCAAACAGCAACUGAUCGAGAUCAAAGACUUUGAUGGGGAUGCCAUUAAGGACCUGGUUAAUUUUGCCUACUCAUCCAAGCUGACGUUAACUGUGGACAAUGUCCAGCCUCUGCUGUAUGCUGCCUGUAUUCUUCAGGUGGAGUUGGUGGCCAGAGCCUGCUGCGAGUACAUGAAGGCUCACUUUCAUCCCAGCAACUGCCUCGCAGUCCGUACGUUCGCAGAGAGCCACAACCGCGUGGACCUGAUGGACAUGGCUGACCGCUACGCCUGCGAGCAUUUCACCGAGGUGAUGGAGUGCGAGGACUUCACGUGCGUGUCCCCCCAACACCUACGUACAUUACUGUCCUCGAGUGACCUCAACAUCCAGUCAGAGACUCAAGUGUACAACGCAGCAGUGAAAUGGCUGAGGGCAAACCCACAGCACCACGAGGCCUGGCUGGACCAGAUCAUGUCCCAGGUACGUCUCCCCCUGCUGCCAGUAGAGUUCCUGACCGGAACUGUGGCAAAAGAAGAGAUGAUCAGAGGAAACCUGAACUGUCGUGACCUGAUGGAUGAAGCCAGAAACUAUCACCUCCACCUGAGCAACAAGACCGUGCCGGACUUUGAGUACUCAGUAAAUACCAUUCCCAGGAAACACACUGCAGGGGUUCUGUUCUGCGUUGGUGGCCGUGGAGGAUCAGGUGACCCAUUCCGCAGCAUCGAGUGUUACUCCGUCACUAAGAACAGCUGGUUCUUUGGUCCUGAAAUGAACAGCAGACGUCGCCAUGUGGGGGUGAUAUCUGUAGGAGGUAAAGUUUACGCAGUCGGAGGUCAUGAUGGUAACGAGCACUUGGGCGACAUGGAGAUGUUUGAUCCCCUCACUAACAAGUGGAUGAUGAAAGCUUCAAUGAACACCAAGAGGAGGGGUAUAGCCCUGGCGACUCUCGGUGGUCCGAUCUAUGCCAUCGGAGGCCUGGACGAUAACUCCUGCUUCAAUGACGUGGAGCGAUAUGACAUUGAAAGUGACUGCUGGAGCGCCGUGGCUCCCAUGAACACCCCCAGAGGGGGAGUGGGAUCUGUGGCACUGGGGAAUUUUGUGUAUGCAGUGGGGGGCAACGACGGCGUGGCCUCACUCUCCAGCGUGGAGCGCUACAAUCCACACCUGAACAAAUGGACGGAGGUCUGUGAGAUGGGACAACGACGAGCUGGAAAUGGAGUCAGCAAACUGAACGGCUGCCUCUAUGUAGUUGGUGGUUUUGAUGACAACUCUCCUCUCAGCUCCGUGGAGAGAUUUGACCCACGAACGCACCACUGGGAAUAUGUGUCCGAGCUGACCACUCCACGUGGAGGUGUGGGCGUUGCUACUGUAAUGGGAAGGGUCUUUGCUGUCGGCGGCCACAACGGGAACAUCUACCUGAACACAGUGGAGGCUUUUGAACCUCGAAUGAACAGGUGGGAGCUGGUUGGUUCAGUGUCUCACUGCCGUGCCGGAGCCGGAGUUGCCGUUUGUUCAUCUCACGUCAGCCAGAUCAGGGACAUCGGCCAGGGCUCCAGCAACGUGGUCAACUGUAUGUGACAAUUACGGCCAUGUGACAGACAGACUGCUUGGGUCAUCUGUAGAUCAGGUCGCUGCACAAGCUCCUAACACAAACCAGACAAAUGGUCUGACCUACAGCUGGUCCACAGCAGCGCUGACUGAUCUGAACUCCUCUCCUCUCUAACCCGACCCAUUCAGUACAUUAUUCCUGACAUUUGAAGACAGUUUUUUUGUGAUCAGUGAUGUAUUGUUUUGUACUGUGUUUUUUUUUUUUAUUUCACGAGGCUCAACUUUGAUAAAGAUUUGACUUCUCAAAGGGAAAAG